AUGUUGCCUCGUGAAGAUCCGGGUUCGUGUUCAACUCAGCUUUUGAAUGUGAAACAAGAACCUCAUGAACAGAGAGGACCAAAUCUACCUUCUACGCCAAUAGAUCUUUCUUUUCAUAUAGGUCUUACUGGUGCAGAAUCAGUUAGGAACAUUCCAGCUUCUUCAAGAGUGGAGGCCGGUGAUCAUAGUUUGGAAAGUUCGGAGGUUCGUCCUCCUCUUAAACCACAACCUUCCGGCACUAUUAAGGCUAAGAGCGAGGAUAAUCAUGAGAAGUUAGAUGGCUGUUCCACUUCUAAUGUAGCAGAUAAUGCAAGAGCUAUUAAUGGAAAUGUCUCGUGUGGUCCAAACAAUUACCGUCAGAAAGGUCCUCGUAUUGCAAAGGUUGUACGUCGUAUCAACUGCAACUUUGAGCCUUUGGAAUUUGGAAUUGUAUUUUCUGGAAAGUCUGGUGCUGAGUUCAUAAGGGAAAUGCAGAGACAUUCAGUCGCAAUUCGUCAAUUAUUGCACUACAAGGGACAGCCGGAUCCCUUGAAAGGCGAUGCACUAAAUAAAGCUGUGCGGGACACUGCAAAUGAGGCUGUCUCUGUAAUGUUUUAUGCCUGCGAAGAAAAGAUAAGAGCCACUGUUGUUAAAGAAAUCACUGAUGAUUCACAUGUAAAAUCAUUACCCUCACCUGAUUUUCAUAACAACUUGAGGAAUUCACCCAUAGUUGAUUCACUAUGUCAGCCUGCCUUGUUGGAUCCAGGGAGUGAAUUGAAGAAUGGCAUAUUGCAAAUAGAAGAUAAUUUCUACGUAUUGAAGGAUAGUUCUGCAGAUGGAACUGGUAACUCUACCAUUCAGGAAUCAUUUUAUCCAGAAUCAGGCCAGUCCUCUUCUGUUUUAAUCACCAGUACCUCUCCAAAGGAUGUGCCAGAUCUUCUUUCCAAGGGUAACAGUGUUUCCAUCAAGGAUACUUGUCCUGUAGACAAUCCUGGACAGACAAAUAAUGAUGGACAAGAAGCUGUUGAAGUUGAUUAUAUCACUGAAAGCACACUGUUACCUUCUCAAACUAACCGCACAACAACCACUUCUAACUGCAUAACAAACUACAACCUAACAACUUUUUUUAACUUUCUAACCAGAUCCAAACUAACUUAA